CCGCACUUUCAAAGCGGUCCUCCACAAACAUAUAAAUAUUGCUUCGGUGGCCUUCAUCCUCUAUCUCUUACCACUUCGCCUACUGCCACUGCGAACGAUCUCCAGCUUCCACAUCUACAUUUUAUAACUACAUCUACUUUUACCUCCAGAUGAACCCAGCCACCCAAAAGCGCGUAGCAGACGACCUAGAAGACAGCGAAGACCGCGAAGUCAAGCGAGUGAAAAUGGACGAUAGCGCCAUAAAAAACGACCCAGACUUUACACUCGACCCCGAACUCGAUGGAAUGGGACGCCAGAAAUACAAAUGUUUAUUUGAUGGCGAGUCCAUCCUUGCCAGCUCUUACGCCCGCCACAUCGGGUCGAAAAAGCAUAACCAUGCUAAAGAGAAAAGUAAUGGGUCUUGCCCUGUUCGUUCGCCAAUACCUGAUGCCUUUCAGAUGCACUUCGCAGAACACGCAGGGCAAAGAGAUGGGGGCACUCAGUCAUCAUCGAUCUACAGCGGCCCGGCGACACCAAACGCCAUAGAGAACGUGCAAAUCUCGUCCCCAGUAAAUGAGGAUGUCAUGUCAUGGGAAACCACCAAUUUUGCGGAUACCAUAGUACAUCCCGUCUCUCCGGAGGCCAUGGUUACGGAGACCACCCAUGUCCCUUCUUCACCUCAAUUACCAGAGGUCAUGGUCACAGAGGCCGCCGAAGACCUUGAUUUUUCUUCGACGUUUACGGAGACAGAGGACCUUGAUCUUGAUCACUGCCUGGACAUGGGGAUUGGGGCCGAUCUACCAUUGGAAGGCGACAUUGUUGAUAUAACCGCCGCGUCGAUGUCCAGUGACUUUGCGACAACAAACGGGCCAAUUUUGCCGCCGGCAGAUGAGGUUUCGUUGUCAUCGGAAGAGGGCCCUUUUGCUGGCUUACCCGCGUAUUUACUGAACAUACGCUCUGAUGUGUUGGAGUGGCUUCCUUUUUUCAUUGACGAAGUACCUCCUAUAUCUUCCUCCCCCAUUUCCUUCGAUUUCGAUUUUGACUCGGAUGUUGAUAUAAAUGCCGCAUCAAUGUCCAGUGACUUUAUGGCAACUAACGUGCCAGUUUUGCUUCCGGCAGAUGAGGUUUCGUCGUCAUCAGAUGAAGUACCUCCCACACCCUACUCCUCCAUUUACUUUGAUUUCGAUUUCGAUGAUGAGAUCUAGUGUUUCACUUCCGCUACCCAUCCUGUAUACGUUGUGCUCUCUAUUAUCGACUCACCAUCUAUCACACCAUACCACUUUGUGACUUUACAAACUACACGCAUUCGUUCUACUGGAUACCAUAACGCGACACUCCAUUCUUCAUUGUUAUUGUUAUCAUUAUCAUCAUCAUGGUGAUUCAUUUGUUACAAUACACAUUCCUUACAUGCUGGAUCUACGGAACAAUGUAUCUCUUGGACCACGAAUAAAAGAUUCGCGAGGUAUGGCAUCUGGAUGGCGCGCGACUCAUACAUAGAACUUGUAGUAUAAGCC